GUGCGGCAGAAUUGCGGGGGCUAGGCCUGGCGGCGGUAGAGCUUCUGGGGGGUCACCCGCAGUAGGGGUACGUAGAGGAGAACAGGAGGCGGCUCAGCACCAUGGCGGCGGCGGUGGUGGCAGCGGCGGCAAUGCGGGCCCGGAUCCUGCAGGUCUCUUCCAAAGUGAAUUCCACUUGGUAUCCAGCAUCCUCCUUCUCUUCAUCAGUGCCAACUGUAAAGCUCUUCAUUGAUGGGAAAUUUGUUGAAUCCAAAAGUGACAAAUGGAUUGACAUCCACAACCCAGCCACCAAUGAGGUCAUUGGUCGGGUUCCUCAGGCUACCAAGACUGAAAUGGAUGCAGCUGUUGCUUCCUGCAAACGUGCUUUUCCUGCAUGGGCAGACACAUCAGUGUUAAGCCGCCAGCAGGUCCUACUCCGCUAUCAACAGCUCAUUAAAGAAAACUUGAAAGAAAUUGCCAAGUUAAUCACACUGGAACAAGGGAAGACCCUCGCUGAUGCUGAAGGAGACGUAUUCCGAGGCCUUCAGGUGGUCGAGCAUGCCUGCAGUGUGACAUCCCUCCUGCUGGGAGAGACCAUGCCAUCCAUCACCAAAGAUAUGGACCUUUAUUCCUACCGUCUGCCUCUGGGGGUAUGUGCAGGCAUCACUCCGUUCAACUUUCCCGCCAUGAUCCCCCUUUGGAUGUUUCCCAUGGCCAUGGUGUGUGGAAAUACCUUCCUAUUGAAACCAUCAGAGCGAGUUCCCGGAGCAAGCAUGCUUCUUGCUAAGUUGCUCCAGGACUCUGGUGCCCCAGACGGAACACUGAACAUCGUCCACGGACAACAUGAAGCUGUAAACUUUAUUUGUGAUCAUCCGGAUAUCAAAGCAAUCAGCUUUGUGGGAUCCAACCAGGCAGGAGAGUACAUCUUCGAGAGAGGGUCAAGACAUGGCAAGAGAGUUCAAGCCAAUAUGGGAGCCAAGAACCAUGGGGUAGUCAUGCCAGAUGCCAAUAAGGAAAAUACCCUGAACCAGCUGGUUGGGGCAGCAUUUGGAGCUGCCGGUCAGCGCUGCAUGGCUCUUUCCACAGCGAUCCUUGUGGGAGAAGCUAAGAGGUGGCUGCCCGAGCUGGUGGAACGUGCCAAAAACUUGAGAGUCAAUGCGGGAGACCAGCCUGGAGCUGAUCUUGGCCCUCUGAUCACCCCCCAGGCCAAAGAGCGAGUCUGUAAUCUGAUUGACAGUGGAACAAAGGAGGGAGCUUCUAUCCUUCUUGACGGUCGAAAAAUUAAAGUCAAGGGCUAUGAAAAUGGCAACUUUGUUGGACCAACCAUCAUCUCAAAUGUCAAGCCAACAAUGACCUGUUACAAAGAGGAGAUUUUUGGUCCAGUUCUUGUAGUUCUGGAGGCAGACACUUUGGAUGAAGCCAUCAAGAUAGUAAAUGACAAUCCGUAUGGAAAUGGAACUGCCAUCUUCACUACCAAUGGAGCCACUGCUCGGAAAUAUUCCCACCUGGUGGACGUUGGACAGGUGGGGGUGAAUGUCCCUAUUCCAGUGCCUUUGCCAAUGUUCUCAUUCACCGGCUCUCGAUCUUCCUUCAGGGGAGACACCAAUUUCUAUGGCAAACAGGGCAUCCAAUUCUACACACAGCUAAAGACCAUCACUUCUCAGUGGAAAGAAGAAGAUGCUACUCUUUCCUCGCCUGCGGUAGUCAUGCCUACCAUGGGCCGUUAGAAACAAGUCUGUUCCUGAGUAAUCUCCCUGUAUUCUUGACCAACUUCAUUUGCCAACUUUGCUCAAAUCAGAUCCCUAGGACUGGAAUACCUGGUAACUAAAAUCUUUCUCAAGACCAUUAGCCCCUGUCAGGUUGCUCUAGGGAGAUUCCUAGUAUAACUCUGAAACCAGAUUUUCACUUGCUUUUCUUCAGUUUUUGAGGUAACUGUUUUAACUGUGAAAUGCUUAGAUGGAAUGAGAACUGAGACCUACUUUCUAGAUGUUCUCCCCUUUUCUGAUGACUCGAAGGGAAGAUGAGUGUAUAUAAAGAUCUUCUAAUAACUAGAAGAGGACCUCUUGGAUGGGGAAAUAAGGCAGAAAUAAUUCACCCUUCAGUUGAUCCUCAAACACAGCCCUAUAUAAAUGGCAGUAGGGGAGACCCCUCUGCCAAGCUUUCUUGAGCCUCUCAUUUAUCCCACACUACACAGGACGUACUCUGUUUCUACUUAUCCCACAGUUGUGACAACUGCUUUCUUUUCUGCUGAAUGCCACUUUGUCCUAGUGACUCAUGACCACUCAUUCUAUCAUUGUCAUUGUUCCUGCUUCUUAAAAUCUCUUCUCAAGGAUACCUCAGUAUGCACUGGCACUGGAUAAAUCAACUUUUUGUUGGGUAUACUAAGUGUUCAAUUUUAGAUUUGGCUUCAAGAGUCAUUAAUGUUUCAGCCAUUAAUUCAGAUGCAAAUCAAGUUUCUUUUUUAGAAAACUAUUUCAAAAGUUUUUUAGGCCCAGAAAUCAAGGAGUAUUCUAGCCAUCAAAGUGUGCAAGACUUUUGCCUUAAGUAAGUAUAGCCAGAUAUUACUUGCCGAUUUUUUUUUUUUAAGAUUUUAUUUAUUUGACAGAGAUCACAAGCAGGCAGAGAGAGAGGAGGAAGCAGGCUCCCUGCCGAGCACAGAGCCCGAUGUGGGGCUCGAUCCCAGGACCCCGGGAUCAUGACCCGAGCUGAAGACAGGGGUUUUAACCCACUGAGCCACCCAGGCGCCCCUACUUGCCGAAUUUUUUAUGUUGUUCUUUCUUCUUGCCUGCAUUUCUCAUUAGUGAUCGUUUUUAAUGAAAGAACUCUUAAUGUAGAGUAAUUGACUGGGGCCUAAGAAAUUCCAAGGCUCUUCAUGACAUGAAAUAGUAAAAACAGAAGUGCUUCGACGGAUUCUUUUGCUACCAUUAAUUCAAGUGUCUUUAUGCUUUUUGUUUCUUUUGAUAUAGCUAAACUUUAAGUCCGAACAAACAGAUGAGCUAAAAAAACAUAGAUUCCCAGUUGAAUCAAUCUUUUCUGAUACAGUUUUUAGCCAGUGAACUAGGGGAAGGCUCCUGACUCUGAGAAAAUAAUCUCUGGUCUCAGCCAGAUGACAUAGGUCAUUUAUUUUUCUGCUUCCUCAUUAGUCACUUGGGUAAUGUUAAUCUGCCCUGUGGCAGUGAUUUGGUGAAUUAAGAACAGUAAAAACUUGGAAAACAUUUGUGCACUCAGUGGAUUUUAAGCUUAUCACUACCACUACAGAAUAGAAUGUCAGAAUCUUCAUUUAAGGUGAUUGGAACUUUAAUAAAAUACAUUUAUGACCCUUAUGGGUCUUUUUUUUUUUUUUUUUUUUUGGAUUUGCCUUCCUAAACAUGAGUCAAUAGAAAUAUCUAAUUUGGUAAUAGAAUACCCCUUUUUAUCUCUGCUUAUCACAGCUGCAACUGAUAGAUAUUUAAUCCAAUCCAACAACUGCAAACUGGGUUGAAUGAAAGGUCAUAUUGUCUAAAUUCCAAGUGGAAUUAAAUAUAAUCCCAGAGAUUCCUAAGUUUUCCUUAUAUUUAAGGGAAAUCACUUUUUUAAAAUACUGACUCAUCAGAAUUAUGUUGCUCUAAUUGGAAUCAACUCAUUUGGCUAGCUAUUUGCUACUUACAAGAGUUUCUUGUUACUUAGAUGGAAAAAAAUCUGCAGUUAUAUUCAUGCUAGUAGCAACUUCAAAAUUUAAUAUUUUCUUUUUGCUCUGAUGUGGCCUCAUUUGAAAUUUCUGAGAUCCUAUGUUGUACUAAUUGAUUAUAAAUAACAAAUUAUAAAUAAGCUCC